GAAUAAUUCAAAUGAGAGCUGUGCCUUAUUCUUGCUAAGUUUUGUAAUUAUGUAUUAGCUCAAAGAUUUGACUAUAUAAAGCAUUCACUUCUGUGUUAACCAGCGCAACUAGAAGUUGUUGAAUUGAAUUGAAUAAUUCAUUUCAAGUAUCAAAGCAUUCACCCCCCUGGUCUAGUUCUGCCGGUGUCAAUAGCUUGAAAGUCAAUGCUUCUGGCUGGACGAUUUGAGCUAAAUGAUCCUUAGGAAGAUUUACACGUAAUCUGCACGAUACAUAUCACAAGAAAUGGAAAAGGGAGAGGAAAGCAAAGAUGAGAAGCCCCCUGAAAACGCUGUUCGUAAUAUGCUGUUUGACUUUGCUUCGGUAACAACAGCUCAUGGAAUAAGUCGUUUUGUAACAUCGGGACCCAUUUACGCCCGGAUCUCUUGGUUUUUCAUCUGGCUGGCAGUGAUGAUCGGGUUUAUUUACAUGAUCAUCCAACUAGUCCUGCUGUAUACAUCUCGACCUGUCAGUACCAGUAUAAGCAUUUCCUUCGAAGAAUCUCUGACAUUCCCUGGAGUUACAAUAUGCAACCUGAACGUGUUUCCGGCCUCUUCAAUGAAGAAUGUAAGAGUAAAAUUUCCAAACAUGACGAUCAUUAAUAAUAUGUUUAAAAAGCAGUUCGCCUCCCAAUCCUCAUUGGAUGUAAGUGACCUCGAGAUGGACGAUGUUUCAUCUAUUCAAGAGAACACCCUCACAGCCAUUAACAAUCUGCCGAUAGCAGAUAGACUCAAAAAUGGACAGGAAUUCUCAAGUUUGAUUACUUAUUGCCGCUGGGCUGGCUUUGUGUGCAACAAAGGAGUCUUUUUGAGAGACUAUUGGCAUAAAACGUGGAACUGGAAAUAUGGCAACUGCUUUACAUUUAAUGGAAAGAUGAAGAACAUAAAUGGAAGCAGCAUAGCUCCAUUGGAGUCAACUUCUCCUGGCACAUCAGGAGGUCUCACUCUCAACAUUGAUAUCAACAGAGAUGAGUACCUGAAGGGGAUUGCCAUGGAAACAGGGGUGCGGGUGAUUAUUCAGGACCAAGACGUCUUUGCGGAACCCACUGAACACGGUUUCAGUGCUGCUUCUGGAUAUUCGGUUAGCGUUGGACUGAGAAAGGAAAUGAUAAAAAGAGAAGAUGUCAGUGGGACUGGGAGCUGCUAUGAUACGUCAAAAGCUAAUACAAAGUAUUUUCAACAGACCUGCAUAGCGAUUUGCAAAGCAGGCACACAAAAGAGGAGGUGCAAUUGCACAAGUUUACAAUAUAGAACAUAUUUUGGAAGCAAACAGUGUGAAUCUCUUACUGAAAGCUCUUGUUUAUUGGAGGUGCUUUCCAAUUUUACAAACAAGAUUUUCGAUUGUUCAAGCAGAUGUCCACCAUCUUGCAGUGAUAUUGCCUUCUCAAAGACAAUAGCUACAAGCAAGCUCUAUCCAGAGGGCUACCUGGAGAUUCAUAAAACCAAGAAUUUAACAGCUGAUUAUGUUGAGAAAAACAUUAUCAACCUGCAAAUUCACUACGCAGAUCAAACGGUGACCACCAUUAGUACAGGACAGUAUUACACGUUUGAUAAUCUCGUCUCGGACGUUGGAGGACAACUCGGCCUGUGGAUUGGCGUAUCGGCGGUCACGUGUGUUGAGUUCUUUUCCCUUAUAUGGAAUCUCUUACUUUACUGCAUUUGUAGAAAAAAAGAGAAGCGAGUCCAAGAUGAAAAUGCUCCUUGCUAACCUUCAUUGACAUUUUCUUAUGAAGAAAUUUGCACAUAAUUUCAUAAAUUGUUAUUGGCAUAAAAAUAUACUGUACAGUAAGAAAAUGAAUAAUUUACAUCUUAAAUUAUGUCAGGAUGGAAAAUAUUUUAAACAAAUCUGUAAAAUUGUAACAGCAAAAUACCAGUUUUGACAAAUUACCAGAAAAUAACUGUUGUUGCACGAAGACAGUCGGCACAAAUGAAACUGUUAUGUUGUUUUUUAUCGGAUGAAUACAAUUUCAUUAGAUCUUUAUAGUGUGAUUAGAUUUAAAUGAAUAACUAUUGUCAAAGAGCAUUGAUAUGAAUUUA